AUGUCCGCGGCAACAGGGCGUAUCGCAACAAGGACUCUCGUCCUUCCUGCAGGUCUCCGGGGCCGACCGCUCCAGCGCGCAGCCUUCUCCACAUCGCCGUACCGCACCGCCGGCGGCACUGCGCAGAGCAAGAACGGCAACACCAACGCCAACAUCAACGGCAACAAAGCAGGAGGAGAAGAUCCGCUUGAGAUCCCGGCAUUCAAUCUUCGACACAUCUCUUCUAGUCCUCGGGCGCGGUUUUGGUUGAUCACGGGGUUUUGUGUGAUUGCGAGCGUGGAGAUGUAUGGAUGGUAUAAUUUUGGACCAAAGAUUUUGGGGUGGGAGGGGAAGGGGGAGGAUGAGUGA